AUGACAGAGUGCAUGCCCAUUUCCACGGCUCCACUCAGCUACCGCUUGAAAAGAAACGGCACGUCUGGCAUCAGCGUAGGGCCCGAGAUUCGUAUCUUCGAUACGAGCCAUCAACCACAUGACUCUCAAGAGGUAGGCCGCAUUUGCGUACGUGGUGCACCUGUCUUCGCGGGUUACCUUACGGCUGAGAAUAACAUGGACAAGACCUGCCUUUAG